UGUGUGCAUGCGUGAUCGCUUGUUUGUGUGUUUGAUGAGUUUGUGCUCGUGUGUACCUGAGAAACUUGUGCAAGUGGACAUACUCAACAGUGUGCGUUCAACUGUCCUUCCCCUGAGCAGCCCUUCCCAGCAGGAGUGAGGAAAGCAAUCGAAAACCCAAGGAAAACAUUAAGGAUUAAUAGAGGCACUAAAGGAAUAGUGGUCAAGAUGUUGAUCACCAUGCUAACAGCCAUGUAUAUGAUGGUCAGAGUCGUAGAAUCGAUAGGGGUGCGGUUUGCACGGCAACAAGAUCCUUUGCCUUAUAUGGUGUCCCAGCCUUUGCCUUGGCAGGUUCACUCAGUGUCACACAGUCGGAGGAGCAGCAAAGCAGAAGAGUUUGAUGGGUUCAGGAGGAACAGCAUAGGGGUGUAUAGAAAGAACUAUGUCUCCAUGGCUAUUGCCUCUGCCUCUCUGGCUAUACCAUGUGUCCUGUCGUGCUCAGACUCCAAUGCCAGCAAUGGGACGUGCACCGUGCCUGCUGUUCCCCCACUCAGCCCUGUUGAAGUUGAGAAGGCCGCCGCCACCAUCCAGACCCAUUUCAGGAAGUUCCAACAGAAGAAACACAAGAACGGCAAGUAGAUGGACAAACAGGGAGGGUGAGAGGCAACAGGAAGCACGUAUGUGUAUUCACCAAAGGAUGGAUGAACUUUGCGAUGACAUACACAAAUGCAUAUGUACACUCAUUUGCAAAUGUAUAUACAUUCAAACUGUAUGAUAAACACUAAGUAGAGCUCUGGAUUAGUGACACUGUAUAGAUAAUAGCAUACAGUAAUAGAGAACACCUCAAAUAGCUACUUGUCAUUACCUAUUUAAAAUGUUAUGUGAAUAAUAUAUCUGAAUGCGCUGUACAUCUGAAUGUGAGUAUGUGUGAGUGACUGUGAAUAUGCUGUAUAUAAAGUACAUAGAUAUGGGGAAAAAAUUAUAAAAUAAUUUGUCAACAUUGUGGAUCUUACAAUUUUACCAAAAUAUCUCAAUAAACUCCUCUGUCUCCUG